AUGGCGGACGAAGAGGGUGCAUCUCCUCGCGAACUUGUCCUCGAAGCGUGCCGACGCAACAACACCGAGCUCCUCGAGGAAACACUAAAAGACCUUGGUGCUGCUGCCUCAAAAUCAGGAAAGAAGCCAGAAGAUCAUGUGGCAGACGUACUGAACAACGCACGCGACGGCGUGGGUAACGGCUGUCUUCAUGUUGCUGCAACAUACGGAAGCUUCGAAGUUAUCGACAUGCUUCUCGACCAAGAGGGUCUCGAGAUUGACGAAAUCGACCGCAUGGAGCAAGAUACUCCCCUCCACAAAGCCGUACGCUACGUCAACUCGCUCGAAAAAUCAGUCUGGCCCCACGGCCACUCCAUCGUAGCCAUGCUUCUAGACGCGGGAUGCGAUCCGAGAAUAAGGAACAAGGCGAAGCUCAAGCCUAUUGAGCUGGCGGACCCGAGAAAUACCGAGUUGAGGAGUAUGCUACAAAAGGGAGAAGUUUCGAUGCUAAUGGGCGGCGACGUGGUGGAGGACGACGAUGAUGGCCCAACAGGAAGCGCGAAGAAGACCUUCGGGCCCCGGUUGUGGUGGUGGGAACUGGGCUAUCUUCAUAGAGGCAGAGGUUGUUGGCUUCGACAGCCUUAG